AUGGAACCCGUGGGAGCAAUUUCUGAAGUGGAAUGGAGCUUCUUUUACGGAAUGUACUCAGAAGAGGCUGAUUUCAUGGCACAAUUGCUUAAUAACUACUCACUCCCAAAGGAGUUAUCUACCGGUUCUAACUUUACAAUUUCCUCCAGUUUUUGCCCUUCUCAUGAAUCGACCAUGAAAGUUUCUGGGAUUGAUGAAAGCACAAUGUACUCCUCAGGUGAAACUAAUAAUACUAGUAUGCAUUCCAUUUUGCAACACCAUAUUUACAGUGGAGGCAGUUGCAUUCUUUUUCCCUCUUCGUGUCCUGAACGCUACUACCACGGUGACUCUGAUCAAGUUUUCACGACUAAUAAUAAAUUGAUGUCAAUCGAUUAUUGUAGUAGAGAGGAUACAGAUGAUAGAUACCGAGUUCAACCACUCACGAACGAUGCAAUGAAUGGGGAUGACUUCCUGAAUCAGGACGUGAGCAAUGACAGUAUAGAGUCGAAUGAAAACCUGCCAGAAACUGUUUUCCAAGGGAAGAGUUUGCAGCUUGGGAUGGAGCAUGGAAUGCCAACAUCACAACCGUCCGAGGAGGAUAAAGUCAAUAGCUCUUUGGAGACGUCCAAGAAAAGACAACGGAUCCCCGGAGAAGUCCAAAAGAUCAAGAGAAGCAUGAAGAAGAAGAGGGUUUCGAACCUUGACAAUGACGAAGAUAACAAUAAUAAUGCCGUGCUACACAGGCAUAGCUCGAGCAGCUGCUGCUCAGAGGACGAAUCUAAAGCUUCACACGAGUUGAAUGGAGGAGUGGCUUCGGGCUCAAACUCAAAGGGAAGUGGAAAGACACGAGCUAGUAGGGGAUCGGCAACUGAUCCGCAGAGCCUCUAUGCCAGGCUUUUGAGCUCUGAUGAUCUAUGGAUGUAUGCACCCAUUGCCUACAAUGGAAUGGACAUUGGCCUUGAUCUCAAGAUUGGAAAUCAUGAUCCUGGAAAAUGA